AUGCCUGAGAAAGGUGUUACGAUCCUGGCUGAAAAGAGCGUGGCCUGCGGCUUCGCGUGCACCGUGGGCGCAUAUCCUGGUGAUCGUCGUGUCGCAGGAUGUUCUUUGCAGUUGUCCGGGAAUGAGUCUUCCGCUGAAACGGUUGCAAUAGCCGGGGGGUUUCUUGGAAUCGAGAAUACUUCCGGGCAACUAAUUGGCCAUUGGGAUUGCGAAGCAUCGGGUUCUGGACGGCUGAGGAACCCAUCACAUGGUCCACCUGUAAUAGCCCUUAUAUUAGCCUUCGUAUGUCGUGUAUGCUGUGUGACGAAUGGCGCUGCAUGUCGUUUGGUUGAUGUCUAUAUUUUCCUACUCUUUCAAACUGGAACGCUCGGAGAGAACGGGCUCAACCUGCUUCUUGUCAUUCCUCUCCUCUCCUCGUCGCCUGCCCCACUCUCCCUGGUUAGGGUGGACCUCAAACCAGGAAACCGGAUUGAUCAGACAAAGCAGACUCAUUGUAUGGAUCCUGUCAUUGCAAACGCUUCUCGAAACUCCACUUACAAAGUCGAGCCCAAACCCGAAGAUCGGGCCCUGCACGCCGGGCCAAGGAAAUGGGUUAAAAAGUGGUACAAAACCAACUAUCCCGCAACGGAAGCCUCAUCUAGACUUGGACGGUUUGAUAAUUCGUGGGAGCAAAGAUCACAAGUGUUCCAGACUUCUUUCAAGGAGAUAACGGAGGCGUGCCGCAAAGUUUUCGAUGCGUAUUACAUGCGUAUGUUCCAUGUGCUUGACCCUAAUCCAUUUAUGGAAGAGACGAGGUUGAGAAGCAACGAAUCAGGAGGUAACUGUCGUUAUUAUUAUCGAUUAUCACGGCACUUAACUGAGGAAGACUUUCGCAGGAGUCAAAUUUCUAUCCUAAAUCAACCCGCUGCCAUUUUUGGCCUGGGGCAAGGAGCUGCAGGAAUUUCUGUUCGCUAA